AUGGAAUAUUUACCAUAUCCUGAUGAUAAUUUUAAUGAAAUUAUUGAUAAUUGUUUUCAACGAGGUGAUAAAUUUACUCUUGAAUAUAUACGUCGCCGUACUGGACAAGCAUUUGUUCCUAAUGUUCGAGUUCAUGUUAAAUCAAUUGUAGCUAAACGUACAGAUAAAUGUUCUACAGCAUUUAUUGAUCCAUAUUUAUUUUGUAUAACAGCUCAGCAUGGACUUAAUAAAUGGACUAUUUAUAAACGUUAUCGACAUUUUCAAGAUUUACAUCAAACAUUGAUGAAUUUCGUGAAUGAAGAAAGAAAAAAAUCAAACAAUGAUUUAGAUAUGUAUGGAUUUUUCAAUCCAACAAAAAAAAAUAAUGUUGUUUGGGCUGAUAAUCGAUCUGAUGCUAAUGAAUGUGGUAGACUAGAUAAAAUGGAAAAAUAUCCGGUGAGUAUCAUAGUUGUAUUGGGUGUAACAUGUAUUCAAGAUAAAAAUAAUGAAUAUCCAUAUUUUCCAGCAACAAAUGAUCAAACUCCAUUGACUAAUGAUUCUAUUAUUGAAGAACGUUGUCGUAUUCUUGUCGAUUAUUUCAAUAAAGUUCUUAGACAUCCUAAAUUUCGUGCACAUCCAGCAAUGCGUGAAUUUUUCAAUGUAAGUUGUUUAUCAUUCAUUCAUGGUUUAUCCGUUAGUCGAAAAGAAGGUUAUCUAUCAGAAGCAUCUAUUGAUUAUUAUUGUGAUCAACAUGUUUUGUUUCCUACACAAUAUCUUUGUAAUUUAUGUAAAUGUCAUGAUGGUCCAAAAUGGUUUAUUAUUAAAGAUAGUUAUAUAGUUGAUAUACGACCCGAUACACACGAAGUAUGUUUUCCUAUGUUAGUUGAUCGUGGUUUUCAAGUUUCAACUGUUAAUGAUAAUAAUAUUAAAAUAAGCAAUUUACAACGUACAUUAGUUAUUAAAUGUCGAACAACAUAUGAUUGUAAUGAAUGGACACAAGAUUUAUUAAAUUUAAUUGAACAAGCAAAUGAUUUUGUCAGUACAAAACAAAGUCGAUUUAAUUCAUAUGCAUCUGUUCGAGAAAAUCAAUUAGCUUAUUGGUUUAUUAAUGGUAAAUCAUAUAUGAAAGCUGUUGCUAAAGCACUUUUAACAGCUAAAGACGAAGUUUUUAUUACUGAUUGGUGGCUUUCACCUGAACUCUUAUUAAUUAGACCAACAGAUGAUGAAACAUAUCGACUUGAUAAUAUAUUAGGAAGAAUAGCUGAUGCAGGAGUUCGUGUUUAUGUCAUGCUUUUUAAAGAAAUACCAUUUGCUGUAGCUUUAAAUAGUUUAUAUACAAAAAAGACAUUAGUUUCUAAAAGUACAAAAGGAUUUAUUAAAGUUAUUCGACAUCCAGAUCGUAAUACAACGGAUGGAGUACUUUUAUGGUCUCAUCAUGAAAAAAUGGUUGUUAUUGAUCAAAAGAUUGCUUUUGUCGGCGGAAUUGAUUUAUGUUAUGGACGUUGGGAUGAUGAAUAUAUGCGUCUUGUGGAUUUGGGUAAGAAAAAUGAUACAACAUUGAAAUCGCCAUUUGAUAUAGCUGCAGAAAAAGCAGCAUCGGGUGGUAAAGAAACAGUAGAAGCAGCACAAAUAACUACUACGCAAAUGGCUGAACAAGCUGGUGAAAUACCUAUUAAAAGUAUUAAGUGUCUGAGAGCAGCAUUCAAUCCUCUAAAUGAGGUAAAUGAAGAUGUCAAGCUUCCUGCUUCAACUAAUGCAAAUGAAACAACAUAUGAUAUGAAAUUAAUAGCUGGAAAUUGAGAAAACAAUCUGAAUUUUAAAGAUACACAAGUAACAAAUGAUGGAAAAACAAUUCGACAACUUACUCCGGGAUUACAAAGUUUAGUUCAAACAAUAAGAAAAGAUGAUGAAGAUUCUGAUGAUGAAAAAAUUCUCGAAGAACAACAAUCAAUUACUACUUCAACACCUGAUAUUGAUAUAAAGCAUCGAUAUUUUAUUGGAAAAGAUUAUUCAAAUGCAUAUGAAAAAGAUUUUAAAGAACUUCACGACUACAGAACAGAUUAUAUUACACGAACAUUAGUACCACGUAUGCCAUGGCAUGAUGAAGCAUUAGUUGUAUUUGGUCAAACAGCUCGAGAUGUUGCAAGACAUUUCAUUCAACGAUGGAAUAUUCAUAAAUGUGAAAAAUAUCUGAAAAAUGAUUUAUAUCCAUAUCUAUUACCUAAGUCAUAUGAUGAUGUUGAAGAUUUAACUAUUGAAAAUUGGAGAGAUUUUCUUGAAAGUGAACCAUUUCGUGUAAAUGCUCAGUGUGUUCGUUCCGUUGGACCAUGGUCAGCAAGAACGAAAACAAUAGAAUCAUCGAUUCAAAAUGCUUAUAUACAAAUGAUUGAUGCUGCUAAACAUUAUAUAUAUAUUGAAAAUCAAUUCUUUGUUUCUAUUGCUCACGAUUCAGUAGUUCGAAAUCAAUUAGGUGAUGUUCUUUUUCGACGUAUAGAACGAGCACAUAAAAAUAAUGAAAAAUUUCGUAUUUAUAUUGUUCUUCCUCUUUUACCUGGUUUUGAUAGUAUGAAUACCGUACAAGCUGUACUAUAUUUUAUUAUGCGUUCAAUUGUUAAGGGUGAUAAUUCAUUAUUUAAACGACUUGAAAAUGCAGGUAAAUCAAAUAUUUUGCUCAUAGUUUUCUUGUCGUUUAAUAAUAGAUAUAAAAAUCGAAUAGAUUAGCAGUUUGUCAAUCUCAUAUAAUGAUUUACAACAGUAAAUAGAGCACAGAUGUCUAUCUUUGUUUGAACAUCAAAGAUAAUAGAGUUUAUGUUAGUGUACAUAUUUAGUGUUAUACGGAAAAGAAAUUUUUAGAACUACAUAGAAUUAAAGACGAAGAUCGGAAAUGUUCAGGAUCAGCUUUUGUCGGACGUUGUACUAUGUUUGAGAAAAAUUUUCUAAUAUUAUCUUACUCAUUCUACACUUCCUCAUUCUUACGGAACGUGUACAAGUAUUCCUUGUGGUGAAAUUUUCGUGCAAAAAAUCGUCUAAUCCAUAUGAAAAUACGAAAUGGAGAAUCAAAGGGGAAAAAGCAUACUUCUGUACUUCUUGGUCUUCUUCGUACUUCUCUGUACUUCUUUGUACUUCUUCAUACUUCUUCGUACUUCUCCGUACUUCUUCAUACUUCUCCGUACUUCUUCGUACUUCUUCAUACUUCUUCGUACUUCUUCAUACUUCUUCAUACUUCUUCGUACUUCUCCGUACUUCUUCGUACUUCUCCGUACAUCUCUGUACUUCUUCAUACUUCUCCGUACUUCGUCGUACUUCUCUAUACUUCUUCAUACUUCUAACGAGGGAGGGUCACCAACUGAUCAAUCGCUUUUGAGUCAGAACUAUGUGCAUCAUAUAGGUCCUAAUGAGCUAUGAAUACCAUAAAAAGAGUUCGGACCGCUAGCUUAUUACUGCCGAGAUACUGCAUUUUUACGAUAUUGUUAAGCAGAAUACCGUAGUCCUCCUCAGGAACACCAGCAAAACUGAGUUUUGAAUUUUGACUUGAAAUGUGGCACAGAAACAGAUCUCAAUGAGAAUACUUUAUUGUAAAAGUUUCAGAUCCUUCGAUUGUUCCUAUUCUGAAAUAAGAACAUCAGAACCUGUCGGGGGUAUUCGAGCAGUGUAAAAACACCCUUUUUAGCCGUAUCUUAGGAUAGGAACAACCAAAAGACCUGAAACUUUCACAAUAAACUACUCUCACUGAGGCCUGUUUCUGUGCAAAGUUUCAAGUCAAAACUCGAAACUCAGUUCUUCUGGUUCCUGAGGGGACCACGACAUUGUGCUUGUUUAAAGAUACCACAAACAUGCAGUAUUUCGACAAUAAUAAGCUAGCGGCCAGAACUCUUUUCAGGGUAUUCAUAGCUCAUUAGGUCCUAUAUGAUGCACAUAGUUCCGACUCAAAAGCGAUUGAUCAGUUGGUGACCCUCCCUCGUAAGUACUUCUCCAUACUUCUCCGUACUCUUUCAUACUCUCCCACACUUAUAAAUACCUUUUUUUAAUACCUGUAGGUACUUUUUCAUGGUUCUCGACAUGCAUAUUUGCUUUUUGGAGUUUUAGGUAUCUAUUUUACUGAUAUAGUUAAGAGAUAUUAUGUUAGUUUUUUCUUUGUAAUAUAGAUUUUUAUUUAAAAAAAUUAAUAAAUGAAUAAUGAAAAGUAAGACUCAUAGUAGAAAACAAAGUAUCAGCCCUCUUUUUACCAACAUUUUCUCUACUAACAUUUUUAAAGAGAAACAAUCCAGGAGGAAAGAGCAAAAAUGCCGUACUUUCACGUACUUCCUGUACUUCUGGACUAGGCCGUAACUGUGCAUCAGAUUUUUUUUAGCUAUUUGAAGCCUACUAUCCGCCUGUAUUACGGCAUAUUAGCCGAACUGCAACCCAGGUAAGUUUAUCUGACCAAAAGGCCCAAAUACUUCAUGAUACUUCUACUUUGGAAGUGUCAUGAAGUAUUCGGGCUUUUUGGUCAGAUAGACUAACGUAGGUUGCACUUCGGUUAAUACACCGUAGUACAGGUCAAUAGUAGACUUAAAGUAGCUAAAGAAAUCUGAUGCAAAGUUACGGAAUAAUCUGGAAGUACAGGAAGUACGUAAAAGUACGGCAUUUUUGCUUCUUCCUCCUUGGAAACAAUUCAUGUUAUACCAACAGUCCUUUAUCAAAUGAUCGUCUUUCUCGUGUUAUUGAAACAAGCAGAAAUUACUAAAACUGGUGCUGCUCACUGUCUUAUGUUUUUCUUUAUUUUUGCUUUUUUAAUAAAUAUCCGGAGCCAACAAAAACUGUCUUGUUUUCCUUUAAAACAUCUUUGUACUUCUUGGUACUUCUCGGUACUUCUCGGUACUUCUUGGUACUUCUUGGUACUUCUUGGUACUUCUCAGUACUUCUUGGUACUUCUUGGUACUUUUCGGUACUUCUUGGUACUUCUUGGUACCUCUCGGUACUUCUUGGUACUUCUCAGUAAUUCUUGGUACUUCUUGGUACUUCUCGGCACUUCUUGGUACUUCUCGGUACUUCUCAGUACUUCUUGGUACUUCUUGGUACUUCUCGGUACUUCUGUACUUCUUUGUACUUCAGAAGUACAGAAGUAUGCUUUUUACCCCUUGUGGAGAAUGGUUUCUGAUAUACGCAAAGAUAUUCAAUAAUAUCUACUCACGAGGGAAGAUCUUCAACUGUCCAAUUCCCUUUUGAGUUCGGACUUUGUGCAAAAGAUAGACCUCAGUGAGAUAUGAAAAACCCCAAAAGAUUAAAUGCCCUUAGGCCUUCUGUCCAAACUUAUAGGCAUUUUACUGGAAUUUUAGCGUAUGACAUGGUAUAUACCAAUAAAUCAAAUGACAGUAUUUCGACCUGAGAUUUUGCCCACAGACAAGUCUAUUUGUGAGUGGAAUAUCCUGAAAAUUUCAGCUGAAAAUGAUAUUUCCUUCUAGAGAUAUUUAAGUCCUAAAACUGACUCAUAUACUACAAAAAAUGCUAGAAUUUUCCGUUGUUGGGGACUUAAAUAUCUCUAGAAGGAAAUAUCAUUUUCAGCUGAAAUUUUCAGGAUAUUCCACUCACAAAUAGACUUGUCUGUGGGCAAAAUUUCAAGUCGAAAUACUGUUAUUCGAUUUAUUGGUAUAUACCAUGUCAUAGGCUAAAAUUCCAGUAAAAUGCCCAUA